UACAUGUCAAUUAGACGAGAACAUUGCGUUUAUUGUCACCGUUUUCCUUUCGCGCUGCGAGGGGAAUGUCCAUCUAUCGAGUUUCGUUUUCCUUACACUGCCCGCCCCUACGGCUCACGCGCUUUACCAACACUACAAGGAAAUAACGUGUUCUUAGGUCUCAUCUAUGACUCUCACACGUCAAAACUCGUCAGCCCACAACUAGGAUAGGCUAUAUUUGAUAUCUAUUUAGCUAUAUAUAUAUAAAUGUUUAGGUAUUUAAUGGUGACAUCUACGUUUACACAUGGCUACCAGGACCUUAAAGCGAAUCUUCCUGGCCGCUGUGUUCGGACUGUCAGGGGUCCUGGCUGCACUUCCUCCUCCAGAUAAUGUAAGAAUAUUUUCUGAGAACAUGGGACUGCAGCUCUUAUGGGACCCACCUGUGAACACCAGUAACAAGCUCACCUAUACUACAGAAUACAAGAGUUUAUCAGGUUUCACUACGGUGUGUGUUAACCAAUCGGAGACCAGUUGUGAUGUCACCAACAAAAUCACCCCAUUCGGCAAAUACGACCUGCGUGUGAGGGCGGAGUUACAGGACCAGGUCUCUGAUUGGGUGACCAGAAAUGACUUUGAAGUGCUGCAGAUGACCAAUAUCAGUGCUCCCUCCGUGAAGCUGCAGACCCGUAGAGGGGAGAUUGAGGUGCAGAUUACGGACCCGCUCAUGAGAUUAAACGACUUCCAGGAGCUGUACCGGCCGGUGCAGUACGUCAUCAGCUACUGGAGAGAAGGAGACGUCCACAAGUUGGAGAAGAGGAGUGACCAGAGUCAUGUGAUCUUAUCGGCCACUCUGGCGGCUCAUGUGAAGUACUGUGUGCAGGUGCACAUCUACAGCCACGUGAUCAACAUGACCAGCGCCAGGAGCAACCACAACUGCAUCAAAAACUCCGCUAACGAUGUAGUGUCGGGGUGGCAGAUCAUGUUGGUGAUGCUGGGGAGUUUUGUUGUGGUGGGGGCGGGAACGCUGCUUUUCUUUGCUGUUGGCUGGUACUCCUGUCGGGGCAUACACUACCUCCAUCCCAAAGCCAAGCUACCAGAUCACUUUUUCAUACCGUCGCUGCUGCCCCCCCUCUCUCAGAUGGACCAGUUCAAAGGGCAGCCAGUGGAGCUCUGCCACCCCCUCAGCAUCGUCUUGGAGACGCCACAGACCCCUUUGCUGGACGGAGGCCUGCACUGCACCCACCCACUACAAGAGGAGGAGCAGCCAGAGAGGCAGGGAGAGGAGUGGGAGACGGGGGGAGGGGGUGAUGGGGGGGACAGGGCCCUUUGCUCUCUGGGAGAGAUGGAGAUGGAGCCCUGUUUACCAUUGUAAACAUGAGUUGUUUAUAUGAAAGAAUGAAGGAUAUUUAUACUGAUGCAUUCCUUCCCUUUAUACUUUACUUUAUCUGCGUGUGUGUGUGUGUGUGUGUGUGUGUGUGUGUGUGGGGAGGUGGGCAGGGUUUGCUCAUCCACUGUUUGUGAACAUUUUUAAUACAGUUUACAAGUUUUACACACUUUUUUAUUUGCUAUGAGAACUGAAGCUUAUCUAAAAAAUAAAACAUUUUUGUACAA